AUGCACGUGGAGGGUCGCAGGGAACACGACAGUCCUGGGAUGCGGAGCCGAACACGCCUGCAGAACGUGAGUCCCUCUGAGCGCUCAGGACCAGGUAAGGAGCCGCGUCUGCCAGGCCCCUGCCCCAGAGAACUGUCGGGCGCCCCAUGCCAGGUCACGUCUGCAGGGGCCAACCACUCGGAGGUGACUGAGUUCAUCCCGGUGGGUCUCCCGGGCUCCCUGGGCCUGCACGUGUGCCUGCUGGUGGUGCCCCUGCUGGCCUACCUGCUGCCCGUCACCGAGAGCCUGCUCGCCGUCGCCGUGAUCCACGCCAGCCCCGCACUGCACAAGCCCGUGUACGGCUUCCUCAGCAUAUCCUUCCUGGAGGUGUGGUACAUCUCCGUCACGGUGCCCAAGAUGCCGCUCAGCCUGGCGGCGCCCGAGUUCCGCCGCAUCUCCUUCGCGGGCUGCAUGGUGCAGCUGUACUUCUUCCUGGCACUGGCCUGCUCAGGGUGCGCGCUCCUAGGCGUCAUGGCCUACGACCGCCACGUGGCCAUCUGCAGCCCGUGGCGCUACCCAGCCAUCGUGAGCCCCGGCCUCUGCAGCCUCCUGGCCGCUGGCCCCUGGCUCUCGGGCUUCACCACCUCCGUGGGGAAGGUCUUCUUCAUCUCGCGCCUGGGCUACUGCGGCCCCAACGUCGUGAACCACUUCUUCUGUGACGUGUCCCCCCUGCUGAGCCUGGCGUGCUCCCACAUGUCCCUGGCGGAGCUCGUGGACUUCCUCCUGGCACUGCUCAUCCCGCUGGGGCUGCUGCCGCUCACCGUCUCCUCCUACACCGCCAUCAAGCGCACCCCAUCCGCCGCCAGCUGGCACGAGGCCUUCUCCACCUGUGCCUCGCACCUGGCCGUGGUGGUCGUCUUCUACUCGGCCUCCCUCUUCAUCUACACCUGGCCUCGCGCCAUCUACUCCUUCAACCUCCACAAGCUGGUGCCCGUGGUCUAAGUGCUCACGCCUCUGCUCAACCCCAUCAUCUGCUGCCUGCGGAACCAGGAGGUCAAGGAGGCCUUGCACACGGUGGUGCAGAGGGCGGCCCAGACCCCACCAACACGGUGA